UGCACCAGGUUUUUUCGCUGCUCCUCACACCUUACUGUCCAUCACAGAAUUCAUAUCGGAGAGAAGCAUUAUGAAUGUGAACAAUGUGGCAAAGCAUUUACCUGCUCCUCAAACCUUAGUGGACAUCAGAGAGUUCAUACUGGUGUUAAACCGUAUAAAUGUACUCAAUGUGGCAAAGCAUUUAUCCGAUCGUCUUCCUUUCGGAAGCACCAGAAUCAUACGGGAGAGAAGCCUUAUGAAUGUAAACAAUGUGGCAAAGCAUUUACCUGCUCCUCAAACCUUAGUGGACUUCAGAGAGUUCAUACUGGUAUAAAACCCUAUAAAUAUACACAAUGUGGCAAAGCAUUUACCCACUCCACUUCCUUUAGGUUGCACCGGAGAAUUCAUUCUGGAGAGAAGCCUUAUGAAUGUAAACAAUGCGGCAAAGCAUUUACCAGCUCCUCAAACCUUAUUUGACAUCAGAGAGUUCAAAGGGGAGAGAAGCCAUAUGAAUGCACACAAUGCAGCAAAUCCUUUAGGUACCCGUUACAUUUUACUGUCUUUCAGAGAAUUCAUACUGGAGGGAAGCUUUAUGAAUGUAAACAAUGUGGCAAAGCAUUUCACCUCCCCUCAUCCCUUACUGUCUGUCAGAGAAUUCACACCAGAGAGAAGCCGUAUGAAUGUAUACAGUGUGGCAAAGUCUUUAUCGGCUCCUCACUCCUAACAGAACAUCAGAGAAUUCAUACUGGAGAGAAACCUUAUGAAUGUAAACAAUACGGCAAAGCCUUUAGCUGGUCCUCAAACCUUUAUAAUCAUCAGAAAAUUCAUACUGGAAGGAAGCCUUAUGAAUGUAAAUAAUGUGCCAGAGCCUCUUCUCCAGGUCUC